GAUAAGAUGUCAACAAGCUGCAACUCACCCUGGUUGCUCUGUCAGACAAAAAUACAAGCUAGCUUGUCAGACAUGAGUCAGUUCCUGGGUCGCCAAGACUGUAUUGAAAGCCUCCGAAAAGAUGUGGUGGAUCUUCAGGGGGCCAUUCUGGAUGUGUUUUCUAGAACUGGACCAGUCCGUUUUUCCUCAUGGAAGUUCCCGGAUAAACUCUCCUGUAAUCUGGACAUGGUAGAUCUGCUGGAGCAGUAUGACUUUGUGGAUGGGGAAGAUGCAUUCAAUCAGCACUCCCACAUUAUCUUAUUGGAACUCGUGAUUGACAGGUAA